AUGAAGUUUGCAAAGGAGCUCGAGCGCGAGGCAGUUCCUGAGUGGCGAAUCAAGUACCUCAACUACAAAGCAGGGAAAAAAUACGUCAAGGCCAUCUCCUCAGCUGUUCAGAGAACCUCGGGCUCUACUCCUCUAACUCGAAGCUCGAAUCGUCGCACGCCUACCUUCUAUUCAAUUGUAGAUCCUAACUCGGAGUCCCCCACUUUUGGAGUCCAGGGCGAUGCUCCUACAAGCUCAAGAUGGCAUGGGCAACCGAAAUCGACGCCGGUGAACAUUGCAAAGCAGGCAGAGGAUGAGGCUCUAAAUAGCGAUGGCAACAGCUUGCAGUAUGGCAGCUUCGUGCCAACUCCUGCCGAACAAUCGCGGCCGUUGUCUCGUGAUCACCAGACUGACGACCAACAUGACGGCCAGAACAAUAACCAAAAUGGUGCCAACGACCACAACGACGACAACGAAUUUGAGUUACCUGAGCCGGCAAUUUAUACGACAUCGUCAUCUCCGGGCACCAGACAGUCGUUCAGCCCCGUUAAGAAGUCUACUCGUUUCAACUUUCGCAGAUCAAAUUCGUCUGUUCCGCUCAACUCUGGAGAUCUCCCACCGCUAGGGUCAGCCAACCACCAUGAAGAGCAGCUUCGCCGGAUCUUUUCCAACGCAAAAGACUCUGGUCGAAUUACGGGGCUUCCGCGACAAAGCCUCGAUCUUGUCCGAGAGCGAGAGCAGCAGUUUUACCAGUUCAUGGACUCGGAACUAGAAAAGGUGGAGACUUUUUAUCAGAAGAAUGAAGACCGAGCUGGGCAGCGAUUGAUGAUGCUGCGAGAACAACUUCAUGAAAUGCGCAAUCGGCGUAUACAAGAAAUCGCCAACGAAGAGAGUAAUCGAUCAUUCUCCGGGCUGUCCACUCAAAAACUCCAAGAAGGCAACCCCGACAAGUCCAGUGGUUGGGUGCAUCCCCUCAAGAACAAGAUCUUCCCACCAGGACCAAACUCCAAGAGUUUCCAGGACAUGCCUCAAACACCUCACAUGGCGGCAGGAGGAAGAUCGCAUGAUGGCCGCAUGGACUAUGUGCGGCGGCCAGAAAACCACGAGGUUGCGUAUCGAACAGCGAAGCGGAAACUAAAGCUUGCAAUGCAAGAGUUCUAUCGCAGCUUGGAACUUCUCAAAUCAUACGCCAUGCUUAACCGCACUGCCUUUCGAAAGCUCAACAAGAAGUUUGACAAGGCCGUCAAUGCUCGGCCUCCGAUGCGCUACAUGAACGAAAAGGUCAACAAAGCUUGGUUUGUCAAUAGCGAUGUCCUGGAGGGCCACAUCAAGGCUGUAGAGGAUCUCUACGCACGAUAUUUCGAGCGCGGGAACCAGAAGCUUGCGGUUGGCAAGCUGCGCAAACUGCAUAGGAAACCCAAGGACGAGUCAGGGAGCUCGUUUGUCAACGGGAUCCUCAUUGGUACGGGGGCUGUCUUUACCAUCCAGGGCCUCGUUUACGGUUCUGAGCUACUCCAUCACGACGAUCUAACAAUUCGCACCCAAACGAGCUACCUGUUACAAAUAUACGCCGGCUUUUUCCUGAUGCUCAUGCUCUUUUCCUUGUUCUGCAUCAACUGUAGCAUUUGGCUACGAAAUAAGGUCAAUUAUCAAUUCAUCUUUGAAUUUGACCACCGAAGUAUGCUCGAUUGGCGUCAACUGGCAGAAUUUCCAUCCUUCUUCCUCCUACUUCUUGGAGUCAUCAUGUGGGCGAAUUUCAGCAGAUACGGAGACGAUUCCAUGUAUCUCUAUUACCCUGUUGCUCUGAUCGGCCUCAGCAUCGUCAUCAUUCUACUUCCCUUCCCUGUCCUUUCUUACAAGAGCCGUAGGUGGUUUGCAUAUUCACAUUGGCGUCUCCUUUUGUCCGGGCUAUACCCUGUAGAAUUUCGCGAUUUCUUUCUUGGAGAUAUGUACUGUUCCCUGACCUAUUCAAUGGCGAACGUGGAGCUAUUCUUCUGUUUGUAUGCCCACCACUGGGAGAACCCUGGCCAAUGCAACUCGACAAGUUCUCGCCUGCUCGGUUUCUUCACAACUUUGCCGGCCAUAUGGCGCUUUCUCCAGUGUAUUCGGCGUUACAGAGACACACGCAACGUUUUCCCGCAUCUGGUAAAUUGUGGAAAAUAUGCUGCAACGAUAUUAUCCUACGUUUGUCUAUCUCUCUAUCGCGUUCACCAAACUCAUUCAAACCUUGCUUUAUUUGUCACCUUUUCAACCAUCAAUGGUGUAUAUACUAGCAUCUGGGAUCUAUUCAUGGACUUUUCCCUACUUCAGCCUCAAAGUAGGCACACCGCCCUUCGAGACAUUCUAGCUCUGAAGCACCGCUGGAUCUACUACGUAAUCAUGGUCAUCGAUCCUAUAUUGCGCUUUGCAUGGAUCUUCUACGCCAUAUUCACACACGACCUCCAGCAUUCAACCAUUGUAUCAUUCAUGGUUAGCUUCGCCGAGGUCUUCCGUCGAGGCAUCUGGUCUCUUCUCCGUGUGGAAAACGAGCACUGCGCCAACGUAGCUCAGUACAAGGCCUCGCGUGACGUUCCUCUCCCCUAUCAUAUCGAACCCCUGAUGGAGCGCGCCAGCACCGAGUCCAGCCCUGCGAUACAACCCCAAGGCUUGCCACAGCCGCCUCAGCCGCAACCGGCAGAGCACCCCAGCCUCUACGACUCUGCAAGCUCCACUGCCGUUGCUGGUCCUCCCAGUGGCGGCCUUGCCCAGCGCCGCACCGACCUUCCUUCACCUGGCAUCACCCGAAGCUUCUCCAAAGUGCUGGCGGAGGCGCAUAAACAAGAUUUCGAGAAGAAGCGGAGGCCCGUCAAUGAGGGUAGCGAUCUGACUGUAGUAGCUAGCCAGAGCGACGAUUUCGACGACGACGAUGACGACGACGAUGAUGACGACUCAGCUACUUUGCCAGACUUGCCGCCCCAGGGUGGUGAGAACGCGGCCUAA